AUUAUAUAAAGUUCUGUAGUUGACAUCAACUUUACCCUCAUAAUUUCUUGAUUCGAGUGAAGCUGGGAUUGCAUUUCAGAUCUGGUUAAAUUAUCAAAAGACCUUAUUAGUAUUUAAUCAAUAAUUUGACACAAUUGGAUCGUGCACUUCCCUCCUCAACCAAUUUCAAUUGGUGAAAGAAAAAGUCAACCAAAAUGUGUGAAGAAAAAUCAUGGCUAGCAGUUUCUAUCUACUAACGUAGAAUUUAAUAUAUAUUUCUCUCGUCUUUAAUCGCAACACUCCACUUCUUUAAUCGAAACAUUCAUGUCCUUCAUGUUCUCUCCCUCCCCCAGAUUCUGCACAUCUUUUCGUCCCAAAGUUUCAGCCGUGGACCAAGCUUCAUACCUCUCUCUCUCUCUCUCUCUCUCAACUUUUCACUUUUAUAUUCAUUUAGAUUUGCAGACGCUUGGCCAUGUUGACUAGUGCAAUGCAUUUCUCUCUUGACCUAAGUUCCAAUCUCUUCUUUGUAAUUUAGAUAGAAUUAGUGAAGAAUAACGCUCGUUUAAUAUAUAUUUAUACACAUAUAUUUGUUUGGAUUUUGGAAAUGUUUCCCAUAAACUAUGCUGUCGUUAAACUUUUACUUUUCUCUCUUGUUCUUCAUUUCACGUUUUGGAUCCUUUAGUUGCAUGUGAUGCAUAUUGAUGUUAUCAAACUUACAAGCAUGGAGUUGAAGAAAGACAAGGUAUUAAGGUUUUAUGAUCAUGAUAAGAAAGAUGUUCAGUUUUCCCGGGAAAAAAGUGACAUCCAAAAACCAGAAGAGCCACUAUCUGCAUACAAAAUAUCAGCAGCAGCACCCUUGUUAAUUCCUGAUGGUGGUACUAGUACUACUACCGGAGUUCGAACUAAUAAAACUCCGAGAUUUGGGAGUUUUAAGGUUUUCUCAGAGAACCAGGAGCCACGUAAGAAGCAAAUUCUUGAUCCGGGAAGUGACAUUUUCCUGCAAUGGAACAGGGUUUUUCUCUUUUCUUGCUUGGUAGCAUUGUUCGUUGAUCCGCUUUUUUUCUACCUCCCUUCGGUGCAAAAUGACGGUAGUUCAUCUUGUAUGACAACUGAUUUGAAUUUAGGAAUUGUUGUGACGUUUUUUCGCACUCUCGCGGAUAUGUUCUAUCUGUUACACAUGUUCAUUAAGUUAAGGACAGCUUAUGUAUCCCCGAGUUCAAGAGUUUUCGGGAGGGGUGAGCUUGUUACGGAUCCAAAGAAGAUUGCUCGAAGGUAUUUGAGAACGGAUUUCUUCAUAGAUCUCAUAGCUACACUGCCUCUCCCUCAGAUUGUGAUAUGGUUUAUUAUACCUGCAGUUAGAAGCUCACAUGCUACCAAUAAUGCCCUUGUACUGAUUGUACUUCUUCAGUAUGUUCCUAGACUCUAUCUUAUUUUCCCAUUAAGCUCUCAGAUCAUCAAAGCCAAUGGUGUGGUCACAAAGACCGCCUGGGCGGGGGCUGCGUAUAAUCUCGCACUCUACAUGUUAGCUAGUCAUAUCUUAGGGGCAUCGUGGUACUUGUUGUCCAUCGAACGGUAUGCAACGUGCUGGAGGUCUGAAUGCCAAAAUGAAUUCAGCCCCAUGAAGUGUUUUCUCAGCUACUUGGAUUGUGGUAAUUUGAACAAUGAUAACCGCCGGACGUGGUUGAACAGUACUCAAGUGUUUAGUAACUGCAAUCCGGAAACCAGCACCAAUUUCAACUAUGGCAUAUUUGCAAAAGCAUUGACGAAAAAUGUCGUCUCCACGGGGUUUCUUGAGAAGUACUUCUACUGUCUUUGGUGGGGUUUACAGAACUUGAGCUCCUAUGGUCAGAAUUUGAGUACAAGCACAUUUAUUGGGGAAACGUCGUUUGCAAUACUAAUUGCAAUCUUGGGUUUGGUUCUGUUUGCUCACUUAAUCGGAAAUAUGCAGACCUAUUUGCAAUCGAUCACGUUGAGACUUGAGGAGUGGAGGCUUAAGCGGCGAGACACAGAGGAGUGGAUGAGACACCGUCAACUCCCCCAAGGUCUGCAAGAGCGCGUAAGGCGAUUCGUGCAGUACAAGUGGGUUGCUACUCGAGGGGUUGAUGAAGAAUCCAUCUUACAUGCCUUGCCUACUGAUCUUCGUCGAGAUAUCCGACGCCACUUGUGUUUAGAUCUUGUUCGACGCGUCCCAUUUUUUGCACAGAUGGACGAUCAACUGCUUGACGCCAUGUGCGAGCGUUUGGUAUCAUCCUUAAGUACUCAGGGCACGUACAUUGUUCGUGAAGGCGACCCUGUCACAGAGAUGCUUUUCAUUAUCCGAGGGAAACUAGAGAGCUCCACAACAAAUGGAGGCAGGACAGGUUUCUUCAACUCAAUCACUUUGAGGCCCGGCGAUUUUUGUGGAGAAGAGUUGCUUGCUUGGGCAUUGCUUCCCAAAUCAACCCUCAACUUGCCUUCUUCCACAAGAACUGUUAAAUCCUUCGACGAAGUAGAAGCCUUUGCGCUGAGAGCAGAAGACCUCAAAUUCGUCUCGAAUCAGUUUAGGCGCCUCCACAGCAAGAAGUUACAACACACAUUUCGUUUCUACUCCUACCAUUGGAGGACCUGGGCUGCAUGCUUCAUUCAGGUAGCGUGGCGGCGGUUCAAGAAGAGAACGUUGGCGAAGAACCUUAGCAUGGCAGAGUCAUUCUCGUAUAAUUACGACAAACACGACGAAGAGGCUGAUGAUACAGAAGAAGAAAAGGAAGAGUUUUCUAGUAGUAAUGAAACUUCGAAUACUUUCCAAGUGAGACAGAAUCUUGGUGUCACAAUUUUGGCUUCAAGGUUUGCUGCAAACACUAGGAGAGGAGCUCAAAAGACCAAGGAUGUUCAGCUGCCGAAGUUGCUAAAACCUGAAGAGCCAGACUUCUCAAUGGAGCCAGAAGAUGACUAGCUCACAUCAAAACUCUCAGCCAAUAGUCCAAAUUGUUGAAGAAACCUAUCUUUCACUGUGAAUCCUUUGUAAAUUCUUGUUC